GUGGUGCUGGCUGAAUCUGGGUGAAAUUCAUUAAGAAUUUACUCGAAAGGACGAUUAAAUCAUCAUCAAAGAGAUCAGGGAGGCUUGAAGCAGAGACCACAAGAUUUCAAGUGGACACAGCUAUAGAUUCGCGGCUCGGUAUCCCGCGAUUAAUGGCAGCAUAAUUCAUCUGUGGUUUGAUGUAGGACACGACACAGGCUAGCGAUGAGCUCGUAUUUUGUGAACACGGGUCUUAAUUGCUAUGGCCAAAGCGCAGACAGUGAAACUCAACAAAUCUAUCCUCCGCACACAACAGCGACGGCGUACGGCAGCUAUUCAACGAGUCAUGCCAACGGACAUGACGGAGGCUAUCAGUAUUCACCGAACGGGAGCGCAAGCAGCGAGUAUUACGCUCGAUCUGGGUAUCAUCAGCAAAGCCAGGCUCACCAGCCGCCGGUAGCAAAGGCUAGGAGUCCACAUGGCAAUCCUCCGGGGGCACACCUACAGAAACAACAAAAUGGACAUGCAAAUCCUCCAAUUUCAAAACCAGGGUAUGCGGGAAGUAAUGGUUUUUCACCAGUGCAGGGUUCGCCUAGGAGUCCGGGAUCUCAGAGUGGGAGCAUGCAUGGGAGUCCGGAGCCAAGGCCGCAAGCGCAGUCACAUGCUCAGGGCAGCCCGACGGAGGGACCGAAGACCCAAACUGAGGGCCAGGGGUCCCCGACGGAGGAUCAAGUACAUAUCUACCCCUGGAUGAAGAGAGUGCACUGCGGACACGAAAAUGUCAACGGCAUGGAAAACAAAAGAACACGGACAUCAUACACGCGUUACCAGACACUCGAACUUGAAAAAGAGUUCCACUUUAACAGAUACUUAACGAGACGACGUCGAAUAGAGAUCGCUCAUGCACUUAACCUCACAGAACGACAAAUCAAAAUUUGGUUUCAAAAUAGGAGGAUGAAAUGGAAAAAGGAACAAAAGUUGGCUCAUAUCACGAAGUCUACGGCAAUGAAGAUUGACGCAGCACAACGCAUGCAGUUAGCAGAAGCGAUGGGCCAGCUGAACUCGAACAAUAAGACGCACCAAGGAAUGCCCCUCUCAAAAAUCAGACAAUACCUGAAGUUAAGAGACAGUCAAACCCCUGGGAGUCAGUCCUAUGAUGUAGGCAGUUAUUGUGACUAUCAGCUCAAGGCAGGCCCUCAGCCGCAUAAGCUCACAGACAGGGUAGAGUACAUAGGGUAAGGUAUGGGACGAGUUACGUUCGUGACAAUAGACUUAAAGCUACUACCGGCGAAGUACGAAGUAUGUAAAUAUACAUGUACAAGUUUUGUAAUCCCUACGAUCGACGAAGUACGAAGGUCUGUCGUGUCAUCAGGUCCAGUGUGACGGGCUGAAUUGUUUACGCGAUUUUCGUAAAAAGUCGUUGAUAAAGUACUAUGUGACAUACUUCGUACUUCGUCAGUCAUAGCUCAUCGUAAGGGUUGCGAAUCCUGCCUAUUGUACUUUAUCGACAACGAUCAGCUAGUGACCAAUAGACGGCGUGAAUGAUCGCGUUUUAUCCAUCGUCUUUAAUGACUGCAUGUGUUAAUUUCAAAGUACCACCUUUCAGAUAAGGAACUUUCACGGCAAUCUAAAAGGAUAAGGCAAAUUGUAAUGAACAAAGGGGACAUUAGUAUGAUCGUUGCCUUCAUGUUGACCUCAGAACAGGUUAUAUGACAUAUCAGUGAAAUGAACGAUGAAAUGUUUGUUUGUAAACUAAUAUGAUUGUUUUCUAGUUGCAUUUUAUGAUCGAAGAGAACGCAUGUUCCCUGCGAGGGUUAGAUGUGGAUUAACUUGGGUAUAUGCCGAAUACAGAGUGCAGACAUAAUCAAAGGAGUGUUCGGAAUGAAAGGGUUGAAGCUCGGUUUAAAAGGGUAAUAUGAAAAAGAAAAAUACUCGACAAGGGCCAUGGGCUAACAAACUAUGGAUAAAAGAAGGACGAGGGGCCUUCUCUGAAUAAUUGAUGCUAAGACUCAGUAAAGACCAAGCGUUCAGUUUCUUAGAAACUGUUCAGAGAAGUUUGCAAUGUACCUGAACGUAUUCAUGUUAGUUUGACAUUUGCUCACGACGAAAUGGCGUUAUGCUCUCUCUAGAUCUCUGUAUUCAACAUGACAAUACAUAUUAUCAAGUCGAUAUAUAUCAGUUAAAUGAAACAUAGUAGGCGAACAAAUAACCUAAACGAAUAUUUGUAAUGACAUCAGGUCUGUGACGGUCCCUCAUUCAUUCAGGUAAAACGGGUGAAACUGUAUAUAAAGUCCAGUGUUCUCUGAUACUAUAAAAGGGUCAUAUUUUGUCCCCUUUCGCUAGGUUGUAAAGUGAUAGAUUUAUAAAAUGUGGCUUAUCUGUAGUGUAGUUUUUAUGGUCGUAAAGGGUAAACUUAACAGGCAUUAUGAGGUCUCACUGUUAUUGGGUUAUGAUGUCUCAUUAAGGACUCUAAGGUCUCACUAUCAUGAAUAUAGGGAUUUUUUUGUACCUAAGAGAUGACCUGAUGUCGUUUAGGCCUGAUCAGAUCGGGGUCCUAACCGCUGUCGGUAUCGUGAUAUUGAUUUACAAGUAAGCUAACCUCAAACCUUGAAGUCUCUCUGAAAAUAGCUAUUUACCUUUUCUCAAAAGCAGCCAAACUAAUUCAGGCUAGGGGAGGGCCAGUUACAAAACCUGUUGAACGUUUACAAGAACAGUACAUCCUGACAAGUGUAAAAAAACUCAUUUGAGGCAUGGACCACGAUCUGAUUUCUAGAUUUCUUGCUGGGUUGUUGUAAAAAAGCUGUUUUUCAUAAAAUCGUUUCAUUUGUCUCGUAAAAAGGGUGAUGGUUUCUUAUUGCCACCCUAGCGAGAACACUGUGAAUGAAUUCUGGUAGAAAGGUAAUGCAGGGUGGAAAUUGCUGCAUACGUUUGGAAGAUCUCUCAGGGAGUACAUUCCGAUUUCGAUUUUCCAACGUUGAUUUGAUUUUUAUCAAAUCGUGCACAUAUUUGGUAAUUUACUAAUACGUGUACUAUCAAUAACUCGUAUACGACAAGAGUAAUUCAAUAGAAUAAUACGAAGGGGUGUCUUGCUCAGUAAUAUUUGUAUAGGCUUGCUGCAUAGAUAUCUUACUGGACAUCGUGUUUUGAACCAAGCUGCGAUCGAUGUGAUAGUUUAAUCAAUCGAGCCUUGAGAACAAACUAAUUGGUUCUGAUAAAGAAAAAGUUAACUGCAAGUCGAAGUCAGCUUUCUGUUUGUUACCAGAUAGUGUGCCAUCGUCGUUGUGAGACAUGGUUAGGGUUGCUUUAUGUAUUUUAUGUUCCAAUUCAAUUCCUUCCGUGUGACUGCCAAUGUGGAGAAUAACAUACUCAUGCACCACGGAACCUUCUAUAUUAUAUCAUCGCUGGUAAUAAAUACUUUUAGUAGACAUGAGUGAUCAGGAGAGUGCAUUAUGUUAUUUCGCCCUUACCUCGCAUUUAAAAGAAUUCAGACCAUGCCCAACCUACCGCUCGCACCAAGGCCUAAAUCCCCAUUGUUCUACUGUCUUAUCAAAGGUAACACCUGCUACCAAGAAAGAGCUUGCAUGGGUGUCGAUAUGCUUAACCGGCAAAGGCAGAUAAACGUAAUGACUGUCAAGAAUGUAUUGUAUUUGAAUUCCAGUGACAAUUUGUGAAAUAAGUAAUCAUUUCUGACUACUUUUGAUAUAUUUUUGUUUGUUUUCCUUCUAAGGGCGAUAUUUGACAGAUUGUACAUUAAUUUCGGUUGUCUAUUUUUUGGCUUAUAUUUGAAACAUGGCUUAAUAAAGUUCGUUAAUUCAAUGUAUAGUUUUAGAAUUAGUUAAACAUCAUGCAUAGUGUACUUGUGUUCCUAAUAUCUGGUCAGCCCGUUGUUGGUUCGUCAUAGGGUAAAAUUAUGGUUCGUGAUAUAGUAAAACACAACUCAGGCAGAGCUCUCCGCAGAAUUUCUAAGAGUUAAAACUGUAUCUCGUCCCCUGGCAUGGCUGGGAAGCACUUGAAGAUGUCUUGCGAAGAGCGCCGUUUGAAUGACCAAAGAAGUGGCUUAUAAAUAAUUGUGUUACUGGAUGUAACGUCUCGUACUUAGGGUAGAUGUUAUGCUUUAUUUGGUGUAAAUUUGGAUUUCUCGCUUUUUGGGCGACAAUAACUGGUUAAGAUAUCUCAGAAAGUGACGACCUUAGAUUAUUUGACCAUUUUGUGCGUGAUGUAAAUAUGGCUUACUAUUUUCUGUAACUUAAACUCUUGCUUUAAGGAAACCAGUGGUUACUCAUGUUAAACACUGCCAUGACUUAGAAAUAGCCUUCUAGGGAACACUUGUUGAAAGUACUUGACCUGAGACUUUAUGUUUGAAUGGUUAAGUGUAAUCGCAAUCUUAUCGAUUGAUGUAUAUUUCGAGCCUUGACUGCAGAAUCUCAAUCGUUGUAAAGACAUAGAUUUACUCAACAUUUUGGGUAAGGGCUAGUUUAGGAUUUAGGUAUACAAAAUGUACAUGCAUGUACAAUGCCUCACGAUGACAGAGGGGUCAAGAGAAAUGUAAUACUCUUAAAUUUUAUCAUUUCUAUUUGUGGACAAACGUUUGACAUGUUUGGCGACCCUUAUCAUGAAGCACAAGAUUUCGGGAGAAAGUUAAAGGACAAAUGGGGUAAUGUAAAGUCUUGUUACACUGUAUGUUGUAAUUGUGUAGAACUUUUAUUUUUGCAAGAAAAACUCCGCUGAUGGUUGACAUCGCGAUUAAUAGUUUGUUCCUUACGUAUUGUCGUGUAUGUCACAUUUUGAU